AUGAAUGGACACUCAGGUGACCAAGUCGAUGCCCUUCGGUCUUUAGACCCCCACGAUGCCAAGACAGUGGCCAAGCAGCUGUGCUACCGGAUUCCCGAGUCCAAGGAUUCCCUCUACUUCAUUUUGCGUGGCCUUGGCCUUCCUGUGACAGGAGAGCUUGGAUCAACACCCCGAGUCGAAGUGGAUGCCAAAGAGUAUCCGACACUCUGGAGAGCUCUCGAUUGCUUACGUGUUCCUCAUGAUGGCAAGCUCAUGGUCAUCAAGGCUGAGAGCCCAUCCUUAGAUGCAUUGUGUGGGAAGCCCGCUGAGAAAAGAGGUGUGCAGCGGCCGACUUCUGCAGUGAAAGGUGGCCCACCGGCACCACCGGCACCUGAGCCAAGAGAGGAGAUUGAGCCGAUCAGGUCAGUACCAAGUUCCCGACCACAGUCUGCGUCCUGCGCUGAGAACGCAGCGCUGCUCCAGCGGGUAUCCUUCAACCUCAUUACCAAAGCUACUUGCUCUUCCAGGGCAUGCAGGACAGUGGAGGCGGAUCCAAACUCCUUCUUGCACGAGCAUGCUUGGCAACAAGCACCUGUGCCACAGGGCCGAGUGUACAACUUCUCAGCAGGACCCAGUGCCAUGCCACUGGAGGUGCUUGAGGAGGUUCAGCGCGAAAUGGUGAACUACAAAGGUUGUGGCAUGAGCGUCAUGGAGAUGUCGCAUCGUUCCAAGGAGUUCAUGGCCAUUGCCGCCGAAGCCGAAAAGAAUUUGAGGGAUAUCUUUGGCGUUCCAAGCGAUUACAAAGUCCUCAUGAUGCAGGGAGGAGCGACUUUGCAGUUCUCCUCGAUUCCGCUGAACAUGCUCGGAAGCAAGACCAAGGCCGACUACCUUGUGACCGGGCAAUGGGGUGAGAAAGCACACAAGGAGUGCAACAAAUAUGGGACAGGACAGUUAGCGUGCAACACCAAGGGGACCAAGUUUACCACAAUCCCUCAGAAAUCAGAGUGGAAGUUGGACCCAGAGGCAGCAUAUGUGCACUACUGUGCCAAUGAGACGGUCAACGGGGUUGAGUUUAGCUACACCCCAGAUGUUGACACCGUGCCUCUGGUGGCUGACAUGUCAUCCAAUUUCUGUUCCAAGCCUAUUGAAGUGAGCAAGCACGCCUUCAUUUAUGCAGGCAUCCAGAAAAAUCUGGGGCCUGCCGGCAUGUCCGUGGGAUUCUUACGGCCCGACUUUGCAGAUGGCAGCAAGGAGUUGAAGAUUUGUCCCACCUACUGCAGCUUCAAGACCACAGGUGACAAUGGAUCGAUGUAUAACACACCUGCCUGCUUCACCAUGUACGUCAUGGGAGAAUACUUGAAGUACACCAAGAAGCUGGGUGGUUUGGCCUAUUGGGCAGAGCAGUCGGACAAAAAGAGCGGCUUGCUGUAUGGGGCCAUCGACGGCUCAAAUGGCUUCUACAAUUGCCCAGUUGAAAAGACUGCAAGGUCACGAAUGAACGUGCCUUUCACGAUCAAUGGUGGCGAUGAAGCUCUUGAAAAGAAGUUCUUGGAUGAAGCCAAGAAGCACAAGCUCUAUACCCUUGCGGGUCAUCGUUCAGUGGGUGGCUGCCGAGCUUCCCUUUACAAUGGCUUGCCUCUUGAGGGUGCAGUCUUGGUGCCGGUGCUGAUCGUUGCUGGAAUAUCUUUGGUGCUGCUCGUUCUCUUCAGUUUUGACACCUUGGAGUACCAGGUGAAUUCCGUUCUCUUCAGUGAUGAGGAUGCUGGGAAAAAGCAGGGGCCUGCUCUACAGAGCCGAACUCGAGAUGGCCUGAAUGUCAGACUCGAGGUUUCUUUUCAAUACAGAUUAAAGUUUGAUCGGGUCUACGAUCUCUACGCAACCCUUGGAAGCGAUUAUGAGCCGACAUUCUUGCGUAUGGCAAUCGAGCAGCUGGCCACAGCGGCCACGGAUCACUCUGCGCACUUCUUUUUCACCAAUCGCACGGCUAUCAGUGCCCCAGCUGCAGACAAGACUCCCGGAUCGAAGCAGGAGAGAGCCUUCUCGGAGGUGCCUUUCUUUCAGCUCAGGACUGUGCAUUUGCCGCAUGACUUUGAGGAGGCCAUCCGAGAAACACAGGUGAAGCAGCAGGACAUUCAGAUAGCUACCCUGGAGCAGAAGACCAAGACGGUUACCUUCAAGACUCGAGUUCUACAGGCGGAGCAGGAUGUAAAGGUCUUGGUGAACCAGGCACACCACUUGCGGCACACCACUUGCAAACAGCUUGAUGUUUGA